UCCUGCUGAGAAGUAAAGCUGCGGAGAAGAAAACUGCCAGAACCAUGAAGGCUGCCUUUGCCAUGGUCACCAUGCUGGUUUUAGCGUGGUCCUCUGAAGCCGUCUGGGUCCAAGAAAACGGAAUGUCUUUCCCACUGGAGGCUGUGAGGAGACUCCAAAAGCUGACAGAGCUUAGAUCAGGAGCACAGAGCCCACGUCUCAGGGCGAGCAGCUCAUCUCUGUGCGACGACCCUCUUCUCCCAGCCGACUUCAAGCCUCUCUGUGACCAGAGAGGAGCCUCCGCAUCCAUGUCCAGACUUGCAAUGGUUCCCAUGGACAUCUGCGAGAUCUGUGCCUUCGCCGCCUGCACAGGCUGUUAAGCUGAAUCUCAGUUGUUGAAAUUACAAUCCACUCCAUUUCCUGUCUGCACCAAACUAGAUCAUCAUCAUCAUCAUCAUCCACAACCAACUGCUUCAAUAGCAACAACAUUCGCAUGGUGCAAACUGUUACCUGCCUUUAGUCCAGAGCUGAAGUGUAUUUGGAAACUCUGAGUUACAUUUCCUAGUUGUUAAACUUUGUAUACAUGUAAAAAUGAUGACUCACCUUUUCUUGUUUAUGAUGGGAUAAAAAGCUGUCCCUAAAAAAAGACUGAGGAUUUUCACUCAAGAACACGACAAGUGAAGAAAAUGCAAAGCUUUUUUUUCUUCUUCUUUUUAAACUUGCUGACUGACUGCCCUUUAUUUUUGCUUUUUCUGGACUGUUUUCCCUUAUGCUUUUUCUCUGCAUACAACAAUUCCAGAUGUUUUUGUUCUUUAAUUCAUGUACUUUA